AUGAAAGAAAAAGAAAGUGAUCUGUGUGUGUUAGUUCAACUCAGAUAUUAUCAACCAUCCUUGAGUUCCUCGGUUUCUGAAGGUAUAGGGAUGGGGGCGCUAUCACAGUGGUUAAACUUUCCGAGACCGGUAUAUUGCCAAAGAUUGGGAAGGUUGCAGGACAGUAAUGCUGUUCUUUCGCAUUUUAACGAGUACUCAGAGCAUUGCUUUGCAGAGGUUUCCAGCGAAUUUUCUAGAAAUACACGUCUCUUAAGGUCAAUGAAGUCAGAUCUUGACUACAUAUUUCAGAAACUGAGCCUGAAGGCAAAGAUUUUGGCUACCUAUCCGGAUGCAUUUCCAGACGAUUCAACGAUAGAAGCGCUUGAUCGGAGACCAGACCUGGAAAUGCCUCAUUAGCACUUUACUGGUACCUAAAGUUGGAUAAUUGUAAUCGUGAUCGCCCUUUCUUUUCUUUUUUUUUUGCGAGGGACAGAAAUUCAGGCGGAGGUUUAUGUGAUUCCGGUAGAAUAUAUUAAAAUCCCUUUCGCUUCCCCUCUCCACCUUCUUUCUUCCCCCGGCUUUGCUGUGGAAAUUUGAUGCCCCAAAAUUUGCCUAUUUAGCUUUUUUUUUUGUUUGUUCUUUGAACAGGCCUAUUUAGCUUGGGUUGUAUCAAUUUUUCUACAACCA